AUGACUGCUACGUCCAUGCAGAUGCACCGAGCGCCUGCCGCUGGCAAAGAUACAACGCAUUUGGCUCCACCCCGGGAAAAUCUCACCAGGAAACGGUCCAACUCUCAAUCUCAAGUGAUCCCGGCUCCAGUACCUGUUCAGUCCAGAAGUCACGGCAGAACACUGUCAAUCAAUGGGAAACUGGGCCACCAGAAGAAGAACAAGGCUAAUUUGGCUGUGCUGGAUCGGCCCCAGGCUGAGUUUUACGUGACGUUGGUGCCUUUGAACGAUACGUUCGUCAGGAAACAUAUCCAUGUGCCAUAUUUCCCAGAGUCGUGUAAAUUAGGCCGUCCUACGGGGACAAAGGUGAAACCGUCGGUUUCGAACGGGUACUUUGACUCGCGUGUGCUUUCAAGAAACCAUGCUUGUCUUUUCGUCGAGCCUAAGCUGGGACAAUUGAUGAUCCAGGAUAUGGGCUCCUCGAACGGUACCUACGUGAACCAGGAGAAAAUCGCUUCGGAGCCCGUGGCCAUCAAAAUCGGUGACCGAAUCAACCUCGGUUUCAAUAUCCAAGUGGAAACGAGCCAUAAGCAGAUCAGCGCCGUCGUGGAGGACGUUAAUGUUGUUUCCAACACCCCAUCCGUUCCUAUUCUCGACGAGUUGCCCAAACUUACGCCUGAAGCUAUCUCGAAACUCACCGGCUCGGAGAAACGACACCUAGACUUUAUUCAGGACCUCUUUGAGCAGAUGCUGGGUCGUAAGAAAGAGCCCGAGGAAGAGGAGGAAGACCCUUAUACCGCUGGACUAAAAACGACCAAAGCCUUUGAACAAGGCAUGUUCUCCGACGUUACUCCGUCCAUGGAGGACGUCUUUUCUGCAUCCACCGCCGACCCAGUAAGCAGUGGCAUAUUUGUGAACUCCCACCUUGUGAGGCCCCACGAUCUAGAAAACACUUUGGAUUCGUUGAUUGUGAACUUGGCCAAGGUGAAGCAGCAAAACAGCUCUCUCAAGUCGCUUGAAGCGUUUUUGGGCAACUACCUGAUUAAACUUAACGAAUUGAACGAUGGAUAUCUAAAAGAUGAGGCCAAGAAACAAGAGGCUCGUUUCGAUCAUGAGCUUGAUGCCCAGCUGACGAAGUACGAAUCGCAGAUUGAGGAUCACAGGAAACAGAUUGAUGAUAAGAGCAAAACUUUGAGUUUCCUAAAGGCAGAGGUGAAGAGAUUGCAAUACGAGAAGGCUGAUCUUCGAACCGAGCUCGAGCAACAGAAAAACGUUGCUAAAUCGAACGAGGAACGAAAGCUAAGUAUUUCAAGCCAACAGGAGGACGAUCUUCCUCGCCGGAUUUCCAUCGAUAUAUCCUCAUUCGACUUUGGCACCGGAAGGCUCGUCAAAGACUCCUCCUCGGGGUCCGAAGACGUCGAUGAAAUCUCUAACAGUUCAGAUAUAGGAAGCGAAGAUUCCAAUGGCAUCAAGGGAGCAAAGCUACAAAGCAAACUCGAUUCCCCAGAGGGAGCAGAAGUCAAGAACCCAUUCAAGGGAGAACUAUUCAACCAGGCCAACCAGUUCCGGUCCAAAGGAGUGGCUGUGGGCCUAGUGAGGAAUUUCAUCAUUCCGACUGCUCUCACUGCAUUGGGCUCGUUGAUGUUCAACGAGAAUAACAGGCUUGCUUCCAAGAUGGAAAGAGGUGAGCUCCACUACGACGAUCCUAAUAAAGCGCUUAACAAGAGCAAUCAGACAAUGCUGGAGUAUAAGUACUGGAAACGCCGCGAGCCAGAAUAUCCUGGGCACGUUCCGCUUUACAAUUUCGAGAAGGCGCUUAUGUUCCUCGGGUCGGCGUUAGGCUCUUAUUUCCAUCCCGAGAGAAACGAGAACAUUGUCGCUUUGGGUGAGUCCACAGCCAUCAGGCCUGUCUUGCGUCGUCUUCAAAGACAGAUGUUGUCUGACCCUGUUGGUAGACAGAUUUUGAAAGAGAGACCACGUAUAACCAGCACAUCGCUUGACCUCGACUACUUGCGGUCGUUGCCCGACAGCUCCAUUGGCAAAACGUACAUUAAAUGGCUUGAUCGUGAAGGUGUUUCUCCAGAUACCCGAGUCCCUGUGCGUUACAUUGACGAUGAAGAGUUGGCAUACAUUUUCCAGAGGUACAGAGAGUGUCAUGACUUCUACCAUGCCAUUACUGGGUUACCUAUUAUCAUUGAGGGCGAGAUUGCGGUCAAGGUGUUGGAAUUCAUGAACAUGGGUAUCCCCAUGCCAGGAUUGGGUGCUCUUUUCGCUCCGUUGAGGUUGAAGCCAUCCCAAAAGGAGCGUUUAUACAACAUCUACUACCCAUGGGCGAUCAAGAGCGGACUCAACUCGACGCCUUUGAUUAAUGUCUACUGGGAAAACAUCUUGGAAAAAGACAUUAACGAGCUCCGCAGAGAGCUCGGGAUCGAACAGCCUCCAGACUUGCGGAACUUGAGAAAGGAGUACUUUGCCAAGUUGAAGGCAGCCAAGAAGAUAUGA